AUGAAGACCUUCAUCAUAUUCGUCCUCCUUUCCAUGCCUAUGAGCAUCGUCAUUGCUGCUAGGCAUCUCAACCCUAGCGACCAAGAGUUGCAGUCACCACAACAACAAUUUCUGAAAAAACAAUCAUAUCCGCUGCAACCAUAUCCACAUCAACCAUAUUCACAACAACAACAAUUUCCCAUACCCCAACAAUAUUCCCCCCAUCAACCACAACAACCAUUUCCCCAACCCCAACAACCAACCCUCCUACAACCACAACAACAAUUCCCGCAGCAACCCCAGAGACCACAACAACCAUUCCCCCAGCAACCAGAACAAAUAAUUACGCAGCAACCGCAACAACCAUUUCCCUUGCAACCGCAACAACCAUUCCCCCUGCAACCGCAACAACGAUUUCCCCAACAACCAGAACAAAAAAUUUCCCAGGAACCCCAACAACCAUUCUCUCUGCAGCCACAACAACCAUUUUCCCGGCCCCAACAACCAUUUCCCCAGCAACCAGGACAAAUAAUUCCCCAGCAACCCCAACAACCACUCCCCCUGCAACCGCAACAACCAUCGCAGUAUUACAAGUUACUUGCAGAACUUCAGGUCAAAAAAAAAAGUUACUUGCAGAACUUCCAUCAGAUGAAGAUCAUUCGCCUGCUUCUAAAGAGGAUAUCAGGGAGGUACACGGCCUUCGGCCCUUUGCCGAUGCUCAAGGUGAUCUCCGUCAUCAUCGUCGGGUUCUGUGGCUCAAGGAAGAUUGUGCUUGCUGGAGAGGUGUAUAACAACCACGUUUGCCAGCAAUUCGCUGCGGACAAGGGCCCGAGACAAGUACUACUCGUCCAGAUACUCCUGGGGUCUGAUGGCCCUGAUGUGAGCUUGGUUGCCGUGGAUAUCAUAUCAGAGAGCACUUGCAUAACAAGAGCUUGA